UCCGUGGCUUCCGGGUCAGCGGCAGCAUCGUCGCCGCGAUCACCGCCAUGACGACGCUCCGCGCUUUCACCUGCGACGACCUCUUUCGAUUCAACAACAUUAACCUGGACCCGCUGACCGAGACCUACGGGAUCCCCUUCUACCUGCAGUACCUCGCCCACUGGCCCGAGUACUUCAUCGUCGCCGAGGCGCCUGGCGGGGAGCUGAUGGGUUACAUCAUGGGGAAAGCCGAGGGCUCCGUGGCUAGGGAAGAAUGGCACGGACACGUUACCGCUCUCUCUGUUGCACCAGAAUUCCGACGGCUGGGUUUGGCCGCUAAAUUGAUGGAGCUGCUGGAAGAAAUUUCAGAAAAAAAGGGUGGAUUUUUUGUUGAUCUCUUUGUGAGAGUAUCAAAUCAGGUUGCUGUAAAUAUGUAUAAGCAACUAGGCUACAGUGUGUACCGGACAGUGUUAGAGUACUACUCUGCCAGCAGUGGGGAGCCAGAUGAAGAUGCUUAUGAUAUGAGGAAAGCUCUUUCCAGAGAUACAGAGAAGAAAUCCGUUAUACCUCUGCCUCAUCCAGUGAGGCCAGAAGACAUUGAGUAACUGUAAGCUGUGAUUCUCAGGCAACUUACUAAGUGUCAGGUCUGUCCCCCCCAACCUCCAAAGAACUUACAGAUGAGAAAUUUUAGGCUGAAUGUUUUUCCCUUGAAAUACCAAAAAACAGUUGAGAAGCUGACUAACACUGCUUCUGUAGGUAAUGGCUGUAUACUGUCACACUUUGUUAUUUUUCCUUUCAAAUAUUGGAAAUUCAGAGACUAUUAAAAUGGAAUUACCUCCUG